AUGUGUGCGACGACGACCGAUAGCGGCCGAGCGGUUCGUUGCCGCCACCACCACGGCACCGCCGCCGGAUACACGGUGUCGCUGUGUCGCAAAUCCACAAUAAUACAUAAUAUCAUAUGCUCACUAAAAACCACUCGGCAUCAUACUGGUAUCAGAAAACGGCACAUGGAAACUGGCAAAUGCGGCUACAUCUGUAAAACAUGCCUCGGAUAA